ACACACAACCUUGUUGUUAAUAAUUUGCAUGGCCUGCCUGCUCCCUAGAGCUAGCUACCUAGCUAGCUAGGUAGGCCAAGAAAACAAUUAAAAACUAGUACUAUUAUUCAUGUGUACAUGUGCAAACCUUUUUUUUUUUUUUUUGUUGUUGUUGUCACAGAGAGAGUUGGAGUUGUCUGAAGUCUGAACCUCCCCUUUUUCCUUAACUUCUUUGCCAUAAAAAUGGCAGACCUUUCAGAUACUCCACAAUAACUACUCUCUCCUUCCUAGCAAGCUACUUCUGGGCUUUCCCAUUAUUGAUCAGAAGCUAACAUCAUAGCCUUUCACCCCAUGUUUUUUCUUUUCUUACAGUACAUGUUUGAUUAAUGGUGAAACUCAUGAAACCCACUUUCAGUUCUUAACUAGGGUUCCAUCUGCUUGUUAGGUCUAACCUUGUUUAUGGGUUCAUGUGCGAUUUUGUUAAUUAUGGGUUUUUGGUGCAGAAUAAUGUCGGAGGAGCAUGGGUACCAGAGGAGCGGGAAGAAGUGCAGGGAGAAGUUCGAGAACUUGUACAAGUACUACAAGAAGACCAAAGAGGGGAAAGCCGGGAGGCAAGAUGGGAAGCACUACAGGUUCUUCAGGCAGCUCGAAGCUCUCUAUGGCCCCACCGACUCAUCACCAACAAGCAACAACAACAACAACAUGUUCAUCAGCCCAACACUACCUCAUCAUCAUUCCUCUCUACAGAUUCAAGAUUCUCCUUACAACAUGGGGACAACCAACAACAACAAUACUAGUUCAACCUUCCACCAUCCCUUCCUCGGCAAUACAAUGUCGUCAGGUGUGGCUCCAACGAACCAAGACGUGCUCUACUCGAGCCUGAGCAUCUCCAACGACUCCUCCGAGUUCGAGUCCUCAGAGGACUCCGAGGGCCAGGAUCCUGCUGCUGCCACAGCUCGUGAAGCUGUGGCAGCAGGGACCGGAGGAGGAGGAGUGGACGAUCAUAACGAUUCGUCGGAGAGGAUGGCGAGGAGGAGCAGGAGGAGGAGGAAGAGCGGUUGGAAGAGCAUGAUCAAGGAUUUCAUCGACUCGCAGAUGAGGAAGCUGAUCGAGAAGCAGGAGGCAUGGCUCGAGAAGCUGACCAGGACACUGGAGCACAAGGAGAAGGAGAGGGUGGUGAGGGAGGAGGAGUGGAGGAAGCAAGAGGCGGCUAGGGUGGAGAGGGAGCAGAAGUUUUGGGCCAAGGAGAGGGCUUGGAUUGAAGCUAGGGAUAGUGCAUUGAUGGAAGCUCUAGGGAAGUUGAGUGGUGGUGGUAAUGGUGGAGGUGGAGAUGUUCAACACCGUCGUGAUCAAGGAGUGAAUGUGAAUAAAACUUCUUCUUCAUCUCCCCACGAGAAUGAUAACGAUAAGGAGAUGAAGAAGAUGAGUGAUGGUGAUUGUGGGAGGAGCUCUUCCUGUAACUAUGGCUUCCAUGGGGAACCAAUGUACAAUCCUGAAGCGUUGCGGAUUCAUCAAAAUCGUGAGCACGUUAGCAAUGCCAAUAACAAUAGGUUGGGUGAGAGCAGCUUUAGGUUCUUGAUGGGGGAAGGAGGGGAAACGGCCAUGUGGGAGAACUAUGGGUUGAAGCUUAGCAAAGGAGAUGACGAUCCUGAUCACGAUCAAAAUCCAUGACGAUCUGAGUUUGCUAAAUGGAAGGUACUAUAAGUGUUUUUAUGCGCAUUUAGUACGAAAGAGACAUAAGUUAGUUACUAUAUGGAGCUGACAUGUUUGCUUUGUCAUUGAAAUGACAAUGCAUUGUUGAUGAUGUAAAAGGUGAAGAGAAGAUAACAUUGGAGGGGGGAAAUCAAGGUUAUGGGUUGACUUAAAGGAUUUGGCAAAUGCUGUUGCUCUAUGAUAUCUAGGGAGUUGGGAAGACCAAUUUUCUGUUCUUAUAUAUAUAUUAUUACAAGCUGUUCAAGAUCAAAUCUAAUUAUAUGUGAUUAGUCAAUGAUAUUAAGGAAGUAUCUGACUUAUUAAUUUGCUUAAUCACUAUCUUUCUUCUUGUAAUGUCUUGGGGAUUGGUCUCUCAUUUUUGUAAUGGAAUCUUUAAAAGCUAUAUGGGUUUUGUUCAUAUGGGAAUUUCUUUGUUCAUCUGAAAUUUAGUUAUAAAUGAUAAGGGGAAGAAAUAGUACUCUCUAUUAUGUUGGUGGUCACUUAAUUUGUUCAUCCUUUAUCAUGUCCUAUAUUUGAACUCCAAAACUUAUUGGGAUAAUUUAUCUCUCUCUUCGAAUUUGGAGUAUAGUCUUCUGGUAUCAGGUAACUCAACGUGAGAAAUAUGUUAGCUAAAUGUGUUAGAGCUGCAACAAAAUUUCAUUGACGAAUGAAAACAUGAAAUUCUAUGUGUAUGCAAAAACAUAUAGGGUUGUUAUACUUACUUCACAUCAAAUAGUUUUCUUGUAUGCUCUUCGAUAAGAUUAACAUCUCAAUUGUAUAUAUUCAUAUAAUUAGUCAGUUCCUUUUCUCUCUUGAAUCAAUAACAAUACAAAGAUUAUCGAGAUCGAGAGAUACAACCACUUGCUCGAUCUAAAUCUUUGGCCGAAUUCAUUACUCAGAAGGGGACUACUCGAACAUUAGCCCUAAUGGAUCUAUGAAGAAAAGUGGGAGAUUUCAUCAUCUUCAACAGAAAGACAGCCUUUGCAAACUGUGAAUUUCAUCAUUUGUUGUUGUUUUUUGUUUCUUAUCUGUCCGUGUUCGAUGUUGGCGCUGUCUUCGAGCUCUGGUUAUAUACUGAAUUUAUAAAAGCAACGAAAAGAAAAUAAUGAAGAAAAACAAAGUCUGGUGUCCGUUUUUGGUUGAUGGGAAAUGCUGGCUUUCCUGAAGUUGAGUGCCUGAGAUACGCAACCUAGCUAGCUUAAAGUCCUGCACAAUGUACCAGGUCUGUCCAGAACUCUCCCCCACCACAUUCAGUAAUAAUUGUGUUUUUUUUAUGUUAGGAAAAGAAAUCCAUCGUCAAAUACGACGAUUCUCAUGAAUACUCGAUAAGUUCAUAAGAACGACUUAUUCAUAUACAAUAGAUCUGCAUGUAGCGAGUACGAGAGUUAAACAGGAGUGCAGGAAUAAUUAUUCACGUCCACAUCAAACAAUUAUUGAUAUAUUCAUUAACCGAUUCAUUCAAAACCAUUCGAGAUAUAUGUUUUUCUAAAAAUAAAUAUUAUAUCAUUAAUUCAAUAAAUUACGGAUCUAAAA